GAGGAGGAGGAGGAAGAGGAGGAGGAGGAGGAAGAGGAGGAAGAGGGGGAGGAGGUGGAGGAAAAACGACCAAAACCCAGAACGGCUGAACCGGCCUGACAGCCUCCCCCCUUCCCCUUUCCCCUCGUGGUGAGAAGGCGCUGACACAAUGUUCUACGCCCACUUCGUCCUCAGCAAGCGUGGGCCGCUGGCCAAGAUCUGGCUGGCGGCCCACUGGGACAAGAAGCUGACCAAAGCCCACGUGUUCGAGUGCAAUCUGGAGAGCAGCGUGGAGAGCAUCAUCUCACCCAAGGUGAAAAUGGCUUUGCGGACGUCGGGGCACCUGCUGCUGGGGGUGGUGAGGAUCUACCACAGGAAGGCCAAGUACCUGCUGGCCGACUGUAAUGAGGCCUUCAUCAAGAUCAAGAUGGCUUUUAGACCAGGUGUGGUGGAUCUGCCAGAGGAGAACAGAGAAGCAGCCUACAACGCCAUCACUCUUCCUGAGGAGUUCCACGACUUCGACCAGCCACUGCCCGACCUCGAUGACAUUGACGUGGCUCAGCAGUUCAACUUGAACCAGAGCAGAGUGGAGGAGAUCACCAUGAGAGAGGAGGUGGGCAACCUCAACCUGCUGCAGGACAAUGACUUUGCUGACUUCGGGAUGGAAGACCGCGAGAUGAUGCGAGAGGAGAGUGCGUUCGAGGUGGACAUCAUGGCGACGUCGGCUUCCAACCUGCUGCUGGAGGCGGAGGGCGUGGCUAACCCGAUAGUGGACAAGUCCAACCACCUGGAGUACGACGACCACUACAAGGACGACUUUGGUGACAACCCCAUGGAGAGCAGUGAGGGGGGCAUGCUGGUGGACAAGCUUCUGAGCAAUGAGGACGGAGGUGGCAUCUUUGACGACCCCCCCGCCAUCACAGCGAGUGUGAUGAUGCCUCAGGACCACGGAGAUGAUGACGAUGACUUUGACGCCCUCUCAGCGGGAGCUCCAGACAGUCCAGACUCAGGCCCCACAGAGCCCCUCCCGGUCAUGGCCGACCAGACGGAACAGACGGCGCUGGUUCACAACGAGGAGGAAACCUUUGCCCUGGAGCCCAUUGACAUCACAGUGAAGGAGACCAAGGCAAAGCGUAAGAGGAAGUUGAUUGUGGACAGCGUGAAGGAGUUGGACAGUAAAACCAUCCGUGCACAGCUCUCUGACUACUCAGACAUCGUCACCACGCUGGACCUGGCGCCUCCCACCAAGAAGCUGAUGAUGUGGAAGGAGACCGGGGGAGUCGAGAAGCUCUUCUCCCUGCCAGCUCAGUCGCUCUGGAACAUGAGGCUGCUCAAGAUGUUCACAAGGUGUCUGACGCCACUGGUACCUGAUGAGAUGAGGAAGAGGAGGAAAGGUGGCGAGGCCGACAGUCUGGAUGAGUUCCUCAAAGAUCUGGAGAAUCCAGAGGUCCCCAGAGAGGAAACAACAGGUCCCCAGCAGAGAGACAUCAUGGACCAGACCAUCAUGGAGGAGGCCAGCAUGCUUCAGACUGCAGCGGUGGAGGGCAGCAGGACCACACUGGACGAGUCAGUGAUGCCGCCACCAUCUUCCCAACGAGGCAUAAAACGCAAAUCCCAGGACACAGAGCCAGAUCUGCCUAUGGGAGCUUUGGACGAGCAACAGCAGCAGCAGCAGCAGCAGCUGGAGACACCAUCCAAUGUGGACUUGCCCCCAGAGGAGACCACCUCGAGCAUCAGCCAGCUGAUAGAGUUGGACCUGCUCAUUGACAAGAAGAAGAACGAUGACAACUCUGAUGAAGAGGAGGAGGAGGUGCAGGGAGACCAGGACCAGGAGGAGAGGAGGUGGAACAAAAGAACCCAGCAGAUGCUCCAUGGCCUCCAGAGGGUGAUGGACAAAACGGGCACCCAGUCGAUCAGCCUGCUGGACAUGUGCUGCAACAACAACAGGAAGCAGGCGGCAGCCAAGUUCUACAGCUUCCUGGUUCUGAAGAAGCAGCAGGCGGUGGAGCUGGUGCAGGCGGAGCCUUACAGUGACAUCAUCGCCACGCCCGGACCUCGCUUCCACAUCAUCUAGAAAACGCUCCUUAGCAUUUGGUUUGUUCGUUAAAUUCACAAAACGCUUUAUUUAUUUAUUUAUUUGAGUUUAUUGACUUUGUUUUAGGAAAUAUGUGGUUUUUGCUUUGUUUACUGGUGAUGUAUAUGUAUGUCGGCCUGAAAUAUUUUAAAGUCGAGCAGUGAUGGGAGGAAAGAGGACUGAAUACCAUGGUUGGAUCAUAGAGAGAGAAUUGCAACUCCAAACAUGGACGAUUUUAAUUUUAUUCUUAUUUAUCAUUAUUUAUUCUAUCUUGUGAAUCAAAAGGACUCUACCAAAUCCGAACCCUUGUUGUUUGGAGUUGCUUUUUAGGCGUUUUGUUGCACCAAACUAAUCUAUUUUAAGAUUUGUUUAAAGUGGAAGACGACUGUGUGUGUUUGUGCUCCGAUAACUCAAUCAACCAUGUUACUGAGAGACUCAAAUCUCCCACUGCUGCAUGAAGAAGAUCUCAUCUGCAGUGUUGUCACGUACACAGACAUCAGCCCAAAAGGAGCAUGCACUAUAUCCAGUUUCUGCAGGAGUACAAUUAAACAGUUACUUAAAUAGUGAUUUGCAAACUCAACCAGCAAUUAAUCAUUAUACAACUGUAGCGUAGCACUUUAUAAACUCUCUGCUUGCUAGAGUUCUGUCCCAAGUCUUUAGACAAAAUAAAGUAGACAAAAACAAACAGUACAACUUUUAAGGUGCUGUUGUUGUACACUAUUCUCCUACAAUACAUUUCAGUAUGCUGGUUUCCUCUCAAGGAAAUAGCUAUAAACAUUAGUAUAUAGUCUACACAUAAUUAGUAUUUAGUAUAGAUUUGGGACACAGCUUAUAAAAAAUAUCUAGAGACUUUUAACCUGUAUGUAAACACAAGUGUUCUGCCACGUGUGCAUGCUCUGUGCGGAAUUGCUGCAGAAAUUACAUUUUAUUGCCGUCUUGCUCUUUUACUCUUGAAAUGACACAAACUCAUUUAAUCCAAUGUCCCUUUUAUAAAUGGAAAAUCAUUUAGUUACAGGUGGGUGACAUCUUGUUUUCAGGUGAACUCCGGAUAAUGUCCUGACAUUUUCCAGAACACGGCAGGAGAUUGUCCAGGUCAGACGUGUUCACAACAGGAACAUUUCCAGAACAUGACGUAUACAUUUCACUUUACUGCACAUUGAAGAUGGUGAGCGAAGCAGCUACUAGCUCAGCAGUAAUGUUGACAAGCAGUUUGUCAGCAUCUUUUCCUGCUGUAUUCUCACACGUGCCCACUCAGACAUUUUACCAGGGACUGGCAGCAACUGACUUGCGUUUCCACAUCUGGAAAAUGUCAGGAAAACAUCCGGAGUGCGGUGCCUGUCUGAAAGCAGCUCUACAGUAAUGUUGUAUUAUCUUGACGAAGAAAACAAUUCAGCUGUUACCUUUGACAUGAAGUAGAUAAUCUAUUCAAUGCUCAUACUCAAUAAUCAAUAAUCAAUGUUGUAUUAUACAAGAGUUAUAGAGAAUGAAUAGUAUUUGUUUUUAAUCUAUAAGUAAAACUAAUAAGUAAUCAACUUGGAAACAGUGAACAUGACCAAGUGAGGUCUGAAUGGACAUAUUGAGAACGUGUGUCAUUGUUUGGACUCUUACUACAGACUGAAUCCAGCAGAAAUAACAAAUCACACAGCGUGAAAACAAGCAGACCAACAAGUCAUUGUGGUCCCACUUCUUCCUUCUUGCUUCUGCAAAAGACGGCUGAAUGCAUGGUUUUUAAAAUCCCCUCUCAUGUAAACUGUACGUCAUGUAAUGUCCGAGUGCAGCUUAUAUCUUGAACUAUGUGCCUGUAAACCUGCUUUUAUAUUUUGUAUAAAAGCCCGAGACAAAUCCUCUGAAUCUUGAAAACAUUGGUUAUGUUUCUGUCUGAGUCCUGGAAACUGUCGCAGAACUUUUCAAAUUAAAAUAAAUACUGAGAUUUUAAAA